AUGAGACCGCAAUGUUCGCACUUGAAUCGUCGGAGUGGAGACACCGGAAAGCUCGUCAUGCCCGCCGGGCUCCGCGUCUUCCUCCUGGCGGCGGCCGCGCUGCUGCUCCUGGCCGACGGUGCCGCCGCUGUGGCCGGCCGCGUGAGAAAGGUGGCCCGGCCCCGCUCGUGUCUGGACCUUCCCGAGGAGAUCCUGGAGCAGAUGUUCGGGCGCCUCUCGGUCGGCGUGCUGAGCGCCUUCCACCACGCCCUGCAGCUGGAGCCCCGAGACGGCGUCAACCUGAGCUGCCCCAGCGCCGCCGCCGCGCGCUCAUCGUCGGCGGAGAGCAAGAGUAGACUCCCGGUCAACCUGCUCAGCGUCUCCCCCUGGGCCUACAGGAUCUCGUACGACCCGAGCAGAUACCCUCGUCACAUCCCUGAGGCGUACUGCCUGUGUAAAGGCUGCCUGACCGGACCUCAGCGGCAGGAGAGCCAGCAGUAUCGCAGCACUCCUGUCUACGCUCCUUCCGUGGUCCUCAGGAGGUCCGGUUCUUGCGUCGGGGGCCGUCACUCGUAUUCGGAGGUCUACGUGUCUAUCGCAGUGGGCUGCACCUGUGUGCCCCUGUUGGACAAGGACCGGGCGCUCCAGAACACCACCCGGACUCUGGACUCUUGGAGGACGGCAAAGUCCAAAGCUGCACGUUCAUGGGGAUAAAAAUAAGUCGUCAUCCAUUUAUUACUGUUCAUAACAUUAGGCAGACCAGUUCACCUGAUACUUUUUGUAAAUAAUAAUAAAAUUCUCUGUAUGUGUUAAAAAAGGAGCCAAUUAAA